UCUGUAUUCACCCCAAUAAUAGCUCAAGAUGGAACUGCAAAAUCCAAAGGCUUAUCCAAACCGGAUAUUUUGGCGCUCACAUUUUUGAGCGACGUUAGUUUUGUAAAGAAAAAUGAUUGCAUAGGGUUGUCUCGACUCUGGUUACGAUUGAGCUGUACCUCACAAUCGAAGCUGUGACUUGCCGUGGCAGCUUCUGCUGCUGUAUAAAAGGCCCUUUUAUGGCCCUUUUAUGCGACUAGAUAUUCUCAAACCAGUUCGUUGUUGUGUCGCACUGACUUCUAUCAUUUGUCGUUCUUUGAAAUCUACUUGUUGGCAUCGAAUCUAUCAUCAUGGCUACCCCCUCAUCCAAGCACAACCCUGGGCAAACACCUCACCCAACCUCACCCCCUCACCCAUCAGCUGUGCCUAUGGGUCGUCCGCUUUCCCACAAGUCCCCUUCUAUUCGGACGCCUUCUGCUUCUGGCCAUGGACAUCAUCCCAGUGUUUCUUCGCAUCAGUAUCCGACCCCCAUGGCUGUCCCUGCCUCCGUGGAGGAUACUAUCGCAUUCAGCUCACCAUCAGCGCUGUUGGCUCUUGGUUUAGGCGGUAUCACGCCAUCUCCAGCAGCAAACGAUGCUCUAGCUGGACCAGGGAUCAACGAUAAUGGCAUCCAUUCAAUGGGGAUGUCGACCCUAGGCAUGAGUGGCGCACGGGACACUGAUGAAGAGAAAACUCGCCGAAUGGAGGAAGUUAUCCGACUACUCAGAACCCGUGUUUCUGGAAGAGGCGUAUGCCGCGAGGGUAUGGAGAGGCUAGGGAGGUUUGAGGGAUUCGAGUGUUUGUGGCAAGAAAAUGACCUAAGCAUUGCCGGGAACUUUGUGGAUCUGGAGAUCCAGUUCGAAGACGGCGCAGAGAACGUUAAGGAUGUCAGCUUAAAGUAUACUACUCCAAGCACCGUGGAGGGAGAAAGGAGAGUGGAGGCCACUGCGGUUCUAAAACAGGAUCUUAUGCAGUCUACUGGAGAGCAUGACGAGAUGCCUUGGAAGAGCCUCGAUGCGUUUCAUUCAAAUUUGCAUAGACUAGCCAAAUUGGAUCAGCUCAGUCGUGAUGUCAACUGCUUCGAAGCAGUGACAGGGGUGUAUGAGAGUUUAAAACGAGUAUGGGAAGGCGAAUUAAGCCGGCAUCCAGAGAAGAGCCAUUGGGAACAUGUUUGCACAAGUCAGGUAGGCCAACCUGGUCUACACCAAAACAAAAGAAUCGGUUUGAGUCUUCAGUAUUGGGUUGAGCAGAGACGGAAUUUGGAUUCAAACCAUAAGGUCAUUCCGAAUGCCAUGAGUAUCGACCAACCCACUCCAGACGAUCAAAAUUCAACCCCUGUCAAUAAGCAUAAAAUAUGGAGCGCAGCGAUCGAGUGUGAAGAAGGCUACCCAUCAUUACGCGUGUCGAACGAAUGGGUCGCGGCUGAACCAUUUACGACUAUGAACACUGGAGGGUCGUCUUCAGCUGCUAAUGGAAACGACUCUGAGAUUCUGUUGAUCAACUGGCUGGACCCUCCUGCCACCCUCGUCACCAGCCCAAAUGACGUUACACUUGAUUCUACCGCCUUGGGCACCACAACACCAAAUCGGCGCUUUGUUGCGCGCCUGGAACCCCCCAUCCAUAUACCUAUAAUUGCAGCAGCGGAGGUAUACAGGGUGCUUGGGUUGAACAUGCCCCCGGAGCCGAAAACGGUUACAUAUGACGGGCUUGUAGUUCCACUACCCAAUGUUGUUUCGACAGGAGACGGCCAAGAUGAGAAUAGCUCCUCACCAUCUAACGGAAGAGUUCAAGAAAGGGUCGUGUAUAGCUUUGAUGACGAUAACCAACCGAAACAACACCGGCAUAUUUAUACUUUCCAUCCCUUUGAGCAUAUUGUCGGACGCACCAUUCGUGACCUCCCCUUUUCUCACCCACGACAGCUAGCUGAUAUUCUACCUAUCUUACGCCAAUACGCAUUGUUGUCUAGCCUUCUUGACAGAGUAUUUGCCAAUCAAGACAACAAAACUGUCGGGUCAAGCAACAAGUCUUUCCCGCCUAACCCGAUGGGCUCGACUACGUCAAAACAGACAUCUAAGCCUGACGUCACAUUCAUCACCAACAUCAAGCCUGUAGUAUCCAAACUUAACUCGAUGCUUUCCAGCGAUCCCAAACCCAGGAACGAUAAAAGGAGCGGCUUUGACGCUCAAUUUGCCGUAUCAUCUUCCACCCCUUCGCCAUCAAAUGAUGAUCGGAGAGUGGACAUAUCUCUGCGAACUCCAAUAUCAGGACCACCUUCCUUGUUGCUAUUAUUCAACGCGCCCAACGGAAACCCAAAUAUCUCCAUGGAAAACCCGACAACAAUCACAAUCAAUGUAGAUAUCGGACUCAACGGCAACAUCACGGUCUCGCGGGUUGCCGGGAUGUGCGAUGAUCGUAGCAACAGCGGAGGGGGCCUCACAGACGACGCCCCCGGAGCAGGACCGCGGGACCUCAGCAGAAAACUCGCAAGAGUGCUACAGACUUCUGAGGAUCUUGGAAUGCUGGUGGAAUGGGUCUUGAAGUGGAUGCGGAAGCGGAAGUCGUAAUUUUUUUAUUUUAUUUUAUAUUUUAUUUUUAAUUUUCAAUUUUAUUUUAUUUUAUUUUAUUUUUUUUUUUUGAUUAAGAUGUGGCGUAUGCCUGUCUAGUAACUAUGGUAUCCCUAUCCCAAGCACAUCUCAUUCCUUCAUCCUUCAUUCCACAGGGCAGCAGCCGCCUAUCCACAAUCGGCAAAACAGUGAUGUCCUGGAACUACGCGCGAACCCCCCCUUCCCCCCCCCCCCCUUCACCUGCUGCCAGGCGUAUGAAUGAAUCUAUGACCCAGAUGAAACCGCAGAUGAAACGCUUGUUUGUUGCCCAUACUUUCCCGGAUCCGCGCAGUCUAGUCUGGUGUCGAAAACGGCAAUCAAUCCUCAAGUGAGAGGUAGCCGCGUCACCCGCUCUUGAUUUCUCUGAAACAGUGGGGUUGGGGUUGGGGUUGAGAGAAUCCGGGGUCCCCGAAUUCGAUGAAACUUGCCGUGAAUAAUGCGGACGCGAAGAUCUAGGUAGGCAGCCCCAGGUGGCCGUGCGAAGGAAGGGGGCCUUUUUUUUUUUGGAAAGCCGAAGAUAGAUGUUACUUGUACUGUACUAUUACAUUAUUCCAAUAUGUCUAAUCUAUCUAUCAUAACUCCCUCAAGCAGCGCACGAUUUCUUUGUCCGAUGGGAGGGAAAGGAGGCGUGUUUCAACAACUAUCUAUCCCAUGGAAGGAGAGAUAUAUAUCAUUAUUUAACCCCACAAUUUCCCUUCCCUUGCCUUCCCCCCCCCCCCCCAUACCUACCCAAUACCCAUCCAUCCAUACCCAACCAAUACCAUUACUCCCACAUCAUUUUUGUGUUUACACUUGUUUGUUCUCCAGUACUCCGUAAUCAACCAGCCAAUAACAGCCGCCCGAUAAGGCGACAGAUAACCGAACCCUAAAAAAAGAAACAAAAGUGGAGACCUAAAGUUACCUAACCUGACCUAAACCAGGCAGUAACGAAAAAAAACAGGGGAGAAGGAAGCCCAGGCCAAACCUUGGAAGUUCGUUCUUCGGGCGGGGAGGGGGGGCCAUUUUUGGUAUAGUAUGGUACGGUAUGUAUUGUACGGUAUGUAAGUAUGGUAUUUAUGUACGAAUGGGAGGAACUGACUUGGCGGCUGGCGGCGGUGUGUGUGUGAAACAGCAGCUGAAGAUGGAUGAUGAGACAGGAUGGAAAGGGGAUGGAUGGGGAGUUUGUUAGCUAAAUAUAAAUUGUUUCUUUUGCGUGCGUUUGCUUUCUUUUUUUUCUUUUUUUUUUGGGGGGGGGGGGGGGGAGAUAUUAAAGAAUAAUAAGAUACUCCGUAUAGUAAUGUAUGUAUGUACAUACAUGUACAUAAAUAAAUAAAUACAUGAAGAUAAUAAACCUGCAGGAGUUAGGGUUAAGUUGUGUUGUGGCUUGUCACUUUCUUGUGUGCUGGGAAAAAAGAAGAGUUUUAUAUCUUUUCAAGCCCCUUGGUCGUUCG